AUGAACGAAUAUAAGCGCAUGACUUACAUUUGGAGGUUUCCUAUGUACAGUAAGACCAUCAUACAGUUUAGCAUUGGUUUUAUCUUUUCUCAGAUGCAAUUAUAAAGUUAAACAAGAUUGAAAAGAGAAAAAAGUUUAAAGCUGAAAUAAAAACCUCACUUCAGAAAGAGCAACAAAAAACUCGACAUCAGAUUACACUGAGUAAAAUAGUAACUAGAAGAAAAAAACAAAGUCAGGAAAUGGAGUUUAGAGUUACACAUAGUACAAAUAGGAGAAGACCUGAGUUGUCUGGAAAGGUUUGUAGAAGCUUGAAUUUUUAGUAACCCUUAAGUACAGUUAUACUGUACUUUAAUCUUUGACAAGUGAAAUUGUCUGCAGGCAUCAGACAGAGUAAAUAAUAAUAAAGUAGGGUGCAAUACAACUUUUGGGGACUAUAGUUACUGUAAGUGCCAGCACUGUCUCCUUUACUAGUUAAAUUUUCUGGUGUUGAACAGAGUAAACUAAUAAAAGUAAGGUGCAAUAACGCACAAUGCAACCUAAUCGGUUAAAAACUGAAAAUAAUGAGAAAACUCUUUUGGACCUUUAACCAUUUCUUAAGCUCAAAUCUCAAAUUUCUACCAAUAAAUCAAAAACUUUGCUGACUAUACUAGGUACGUUUAUAUGGAGUAUCAUGAAAAACAAAAUUCACUUUUGAUAUUACAGUAUGACUACAGUAUAUUCUAUAUCUUGAAGUAGAUCUUUAUUUCUGAUGUGUUUAUCAAAUUUUUUGUUGUUUUCGCAUUUAUGUAGUUAUUUUUCUUUUUAUGAAGUUAGUUUUGGCAUUAUGAUAUGUUAGUUUUGGACUUAUGAUCAUGUUAGUUUAUGAUGCUAGUUUGCAUGCAACUUGCCACUAUGAUGUUAGUUGGCAUUACGAUAUUACCAUGAACAUUUACGGUCGCAAUAUUAGGCGUAAAAGGCAUCAAGGGAAGAUCUCAUUGUUACUUACAGUUAUACUAUGAGAUCAGUGGGAACGUGAGUUAUUUUAUCUUUUCAUUAAAAUGGUGGGCAAAUGUGAAUCUGAGAAAAACGUUUCCAAAUCACUAAAACAGUGAUUGUUUGAGUCGGUAGAUGUAUAAAAAUCGAUCUCACCAUGACUGAAAACAACAGAGGAAAGGUCGUUUGACAACCUUGAUAAUUCAUUGCAAAUUUCGGUCGAUCAUGAUGUUUCCAUUUUGUCGAUUUUGAUUGACUUCCCAUGAUGCUUUUCACGCAGUAUUGCGACCGCAAGUGUUCAUGGUAAUAUCAUAAUGCCAACUAACAUCAUAAUGCCAAGUUGCAAACUAGUAUCAUAAUGCCAAAAGUCUAAAACUAACAUUGAUCAUAAUGCAAAACUAACUUCAUAAAAGGAAAACUAACUAGCGCAUAAAUGCGAAAACAACAAAAGAAUUGUAAAUCUGUAGUAUUUGUUAAACACAUCAGAACUAAAAAUCUACUUCAAGAUAUAGAAUAAUCACGUCAAAAUAUCAAAAGUGAAUUUUGUCUUUCAUGACGCUCCAUACGUUUACAGUAGUACAUGCUGUAAUUUGUGGUUGUACAAUUUGUAUUCUGGAGUGUGAAAAUUACCGCUGACCCCACAUUCCCUUUCAUUUAGUUUAUGGCGAAAUUUGAAAUGCAACAACUUUACAAGUGCUUGUUCAAUUGCAUACUGUAUGCCAGAAUACAAAUUGUAUAUGGCAAAUCGCAACCAUGUCACAGUACAACAUAAACAUAGUCAGUUAUUUUUAGUUUUCGAUUGUGCUUUUGUUUAUUAGCGUCCAAUGGAACUUUGUGGCAUUGCUCAACAGUGCACUGAUCUACAGUACUGUACAGUAUAAUAUGUGUUCUGUACCAAAAGAAAAGCUAGCUGCAGACAUGUCAUGCAGCUAGACAUUUGAGAACAUUAUAUACAGUAUGAGUCAGAAUAGACAGCAUUCUUUCUUAAUUGUAAACUUAUUAUUAUCAACAGGUGGCAGGCAAACGUGGUGGCCUUAACCAAAGGCAAAAAUUACAGCAACAAAGUUCAAGGACAUUUAGGGAGAAUAUUGUAAAUGAUAGACGAAAUAUACAGGUAAAUAAGCAUCCGGCCAUUAGUUAAUAAUUAAUUGUUCUGUCAGCAGUUACUAUGAAAUAUCACAUGUUGAAAGCUAGCCUGCGCCACGGACUUCAAAAAACAUGUAAAACAUUUGCAUGUAACAAUAGCAAAGUGGAAGCGAUUAGAAUAAACAUCAACCUCAGGCAUAAAAACAGGGACGUCGCUACAGGCGGGUGUAACACCCCCCCCCCCCCAAAUAAUUCAAAACGGGUAAAAUUCAAUAGUAAUAAUUCAAAGUUGGUAAAAUUUGGUCAAAGUUUGAGAUAAAAAUGGUCAAUGUUAUGAAAUCGUUCGCAAUUUUAACAAUUUCUAAGCUAAUAAGUUCUUUGAAUGUUUGCAUGGCGAUAAAAUAUAAUUGUUUUUGUUUGUGGAAACACCACGUAAAUUUAUUACUGCAGUAAUAAAUUUACGUGGUGUUUCCACAAACAAAAACAAUUAAAUUUCUAAGCUUUGGACAUGUUUGCGCUGAAACAAUUGCUAGUCUUGCUUAUUUUGGUCGAAAAUAUUUGAAGCUUUGUUUAUGUUAGUGCGGAAAUUUUUUUGAACCCCCCCCCCCGUCGACAACAUUUUCGGGAAACAUUUCUACUACUUGGUCAAAAUUCUAGGAAAAAUUUGUCAAAACAUGACGACAUCUCGGCCAGCCAAUGUUGAUGUCUUCACGACGUCGCUGCAUAAAAAUAGGCUUAGGUACCCCCUUAGAAUCCUUUACCAGUAGACAAUUCUGCAUACUCUUAUGUAACGUUAAAAGAAAACGCGGCCUGUGGUGUUGGACUGUAUGUCGGGCAAAGCAUUUGAAGUCAUCUGAGGAAAAUAUUUAAAAGUUAACACAAAUUUCAUGGCAGAUUGAUUGGAGAUCACACCCUUUUAUCAGGAAAGAUGAACUCAACCCCCAAAUAUGUACAGUCAAGUUGUGCCCCUGAAUAGGCUAGUCUAACGAGCAUGGAGCUGAAGAUAAUUACACAACAAUUUAGGGGGAUCAAGGUAGAAUGUGAUGGCGUUGAUAUAUCUGAGUGUUUAAUAAAAUUAUUUAUCAUUUCUAAAUUAUCUUUAUUUAUUUAUUUGUUUUUAAGGGGAAUACAAACAAUAGUAACAGUAAAAAACAAAGCAAUAAUAGAAAUCAACAAAGACGUAGGUCAAAGAAAACAGUUUUCAACACAACCUGGUUCAAACCUGGGAACGAGGUUGUUUUCAACAAUCGAAACCAAAGGAAUCGGGUAAAUAUGUCAUAUUUGUUUGUCAGAAUUUAUUUUUGCUGCUUAUUUGGAUCAGAAUGUGAGAUUUAUACUGUACAUAGUGCUUUGAUACAGUAUGCUUAGGGACAGCCAAUAGACCUUACCAAUCAUUCUCUUUUACCCAAUGGCCUCGUUUCCAUGUUAACUUAUUUUAGCAUGUCAGGGGCUGAUAAAGAUUAUAUUCCCAUGUUUUCCUGGACGAAUUUGUUUCUUACUGUUUUUAGGCUCAAUAACAAAGUAAUUUUCAACCCUACUAAGCACAAAACGUGAGUAAGUAUUUGACACGAAAACGAGGCGUUUGGGUAAAAGAGAAUAAUCGGUAAGGUCUAUUACAAAAAUUGCUGGGAGGGUUGGGGGAUUUUCAGCUUGUAUGAAUUUUUUCCGCCUGUCUGCUUGUGUAUACAUGGAUUUCCCCCUCAGGUUUACUGGCUAUAUGUGCACCACAUGCGAUCAGAGUAUUUUACUCCGCCAGACUGUCAUGUCCAUAUGAUGAACGUCCACAGACUAGUUAAACUGCAGAAUUUGUUACAUCUGUUAUCAGUGUUAUGAGUGUACAGUACAUGAUAAAAUUUGAAUAUUAUUAAAUAUGCUGGAAGUGCGACCAGGAUUGAACAUAAUGAUAUUUGAGACGUUCUCUCGUUGGAAAUGUUUAUUUUUCACGAGCUUUCGGGUGUCAGACUGCAGCCUUCAACGGGUAGUUAUAAAAUACGAUUACAGACGACAGCAUUACAGAGUAUACGCCUACGCUGACAAUAAUUCUAAACAUUUACCAGAACAAUACCGUUUUUUAUUAAAGAAAUAGGACAAUUAUUAGAGUUCAUAGAGUACAAUAUUUAGGCGGAACUAUCACUUCCAGUUAUUUGUUUGUCACUGUACUGUAAUUGUUAACCGUAGGCGUAAUACUCUGUAAUUGUAAACCGUAGUCGUCUGUAAUCAUUGUAUUGUAUAACUACCCGUUCCAACCAGAGAACGUCUCAAAAAUCAUUAAAUAUUAAUGUUUGUCUGUGAUAUUGUACACUUUACUAGUUUUACCAUGUUUCUUGUGUCAUUGUAUUGUUUUCAUGCAUCUACAGUAACUAAGUUGUUUCAAUUGGUACUUUUGUAGGUGCUGAGGAAUGAAAAAACUAGGAAUAGAAGAUAUCCAGACAGGUGUGUUAUUUUUAUUUACUAACAUUCAACUUCAUGCAUGUACCAGAGCACCGCUCUACAGUAUGGUUGCACUUUUUUCCAUAAAUUAUCAUUUUCCAGGUGUUGUAUACUGUACAUGUAUAUUAUAGUGUGACCUUUCAUCUUUUCGUCAUGAUAGAUUUUAGAUCUGAUCUUUUUAAUUAGAAAUUGAUUGACAAUAUUUUUAUUUGAUCACCUUUCUCACAUCAUUUAUGGCUAACAUAUCAUUGUUAUCAAUCAAAAUAUUUCAAGAACUAUAGCAAAAAAUGCCAUCCAGAACUAAGGAAUUUUUAUAUAAUUUUGAAAGUUCUUUCAAAUGAGACGAACUUAAUUUUCAAUGUCAUGUCCUUUUAAAAAUCCCCGUUAUGUAGCUUAAAGUUGGUGGUUAAGGUAUUGAAACGUCAAGGUUUUUGUUAAAUCGUAAGAGAACUUGUGUUAUUAAUUGGUAUCAGAGUCUAUCCCCACGUGUAAUGACCUCGCUCAAUAUCUAGCCUGCGUGCAGGCCCAAGGGAACUUGAUAGUGGGCCUGCAACCAUCGCCCGGUAUUUUGAAAUACGCCCCUUUUCAUAACACGCCCCAUUCGCGCGUCAAUUGUCAAAAAAGAACCAAUGAGUGCUGACCCAAAUAUUAACAAACAAACUCGCAUUAAAAUGUUGCGGGGUUUUCUCUGCUUAUUCAGAACACUAAUAAACAAUGUGUAAAUGGCUGCGUUUUAACUCCAAAAAAGCAAGCAACGCAGUCAGUAAUUGCCAAAUUUGCAAGUGCUCAUUUUCAACUAAAAUCGGAACAGGCAAAUUAGGACGAAUUUCAACAGAAAACCAGUCUCAAACUUCAAAUCAUGAGGGAAGUCGGGCGACCACAUUAGGAUUUAUAUUAUGUGUGCUUCGCUGUCGCCAUUGGCAUUGUUAUAAAUAAAUUGUCUCACUUAUCAGAUCGUGUGUGCAAUUCUUGUUGGCGGCGGAAAGUACGAAAUUUAUUUCAUUUGGUAAAGAACUCUACAAAAAAAGAGAGCGUUCCGAGUCCAGAUCGUUUCGUUUCAAACGGCAAUUUAAUACCGCCUUCUGUUUCGCUCUCUGCGAAGCCUUGUAAAUCGCAAAGUGUUUCGAAUAGGCUUACAGUUCUUACAUGCAACUGCAUCUCAACAUCAACCAAAAGAUAAUUUUCUUGAGGAAGUGAGAACACAUAACGUAUCAACUGAAGUCUGUUUGAAAUUAAUGAAACUCAAGUAAAGGUUACUAUAAUUUACCCCAGUCGUAAUGUUGCUAUUCCAACACCUCACGACAAGCAAUCCCCAUUGGCAUAACGGCAAAAACAUGUCUUCCUUCAAGUAAACAAUAAACAGUCUCUCCUUGUUCCAUUUGUAAUCGAAAAAAGUGAUCAAUUUUCAAAUUUUAAGCUUAUCGAGAGCCUUUGUCUAUGCCUUUGUGAUGAAUCACUGUUCCCUUGUGCCUGCACAAUGGGCUAGGUUAAUUAAUUACCGAUCGCCUCAGCUAGCCAAUGGGAAUUUAGCCGGCGGUUCGGCCGGCGAAAAUCGAAAACAUGGGGUGAUGGUUGCAGGCCCACUAUCAAGUUCCCUUGGGCCUGCACGCAGGCUACUGAAUAUCAUAAUGAUUACCUUGUUGGUCUCACCUCUCAUUUUGAGCCUCUUCAAAAUGAUGAUGAAUGCGACACCUAAUUCUGUUCUUUUAAGGCCGGCGCACACUAGAGCUAUGUGCUUAGCAAAAUGUCAUUCGUGACUGUUGGCGUAAGGAGAUAGCUCUCGUGUGCGGGCGAUUUACGAACGACUUUUGUCAUUCGUGCCACUUACGCCAAAUAUCUAACAUGUUUGAUAAUUUCUGCCUCGCGUGCCAAAAUCUUUCCGUGUGCGGCGAACGAAAGCUAUCUGCUUACGGAUUGUCGUAACAGCGCAUGCGUAGUAUACGAAAGUAAACAUCCAAGAUGGCGGCGCAAAAUGAAUUGCUGGCCGAGGCAAUUUUAGAGGACAAACUUACUGGCUAUUUCUUUCACCGCACAUUCCCUUUUGUCCCUAUUUCUAAAAUCUGCAGAACUCACAUCGUAUAAACAUUUGUGUUCAGGCCAAAGUUCGACAAGUUUGUCGGGCUAGCUGUUUGUCCCCUAAAAUUGCCUCGGCCAGCAAUUCAUUUUGCGCCGCCAUCUUGGAUGUUUACUUUCGUAUACUACGCAUGCGCUGUUACGACAAUCCGUAAGCCGAUAGCUUUCGUUCGCCGCACACGGAAAGAUUUUGGCACGCGAGGCAGAAAUUAUCAAACAUGUUAGAUAUUUGGCGUAAGUGGCACGAAUGACAAAAGUCGUUCGUAAAUCGCCCGCACACGAGAGCUAUCUCCUUACGCCAACAGUCACGAAUGACAUUUUGCUAAGCACAUAGCUCUAGUGUGCGCCGGCCUUUAGCACUUCAGCAUAUUAAAUUUGCAAAGUCCUGUGGUCCGGACCUAAUUCCAAAUAAAAUUUUAAAGACAUUCGCCAUUGAACUAGCUCCAGUUAUCUGUGAUAUCUACAGUAUAACACUUCUAUGAGGCAGGCGAUUUUCCCUCGACAACUGAAACGAUCCGUUAGAGUACCAAUUCCGAAAUCAUCACCACCUAUUUCCAUUGAAGACGAUCUCAGACCGAUAUCCCUCACCUCACAGAUAGCUAAGUGAUGGAAGGUUUCUCACUCAACUCUCUGCUUCUGGAGAUUUGUAACCAACUGGAUGUUAAACAACAUGCUCUUCCUGGGAAAUCAACUACUCAGACCUUGGUUUACCUUGAUCCUUGCUUGAUUCACUUGAUCCUUGCGGGUCUUGAUGUUGGUCAAUGCUCUGCCAGGCUGUUUUUCGCGGACUUUCGAAAGGGAUUUGAUCUAGUUGAUCACAACAUAAUUAUCCAUGAGCUUGUUAACAUCAACGUUCACCCAGUAAUAGUACGAUGGAAUAAAUCUUUCCUUACCAAUAGAGAGCAGUGCGUGAGCAUCGGCAAGUCCCUUCCCUCUUGGAAAACGGUUAAUGGUGGUCUCCCGCAAGGAACAAAACUUGACCUAUAUUAUGUUCAGUACUACAGUAGAUAAACCCAUUAACGAGAGACUGGCAGGGACGAAUAAAGUUCGUGGAUGACAUCACAGCGAUACUAAUCGCUUGUAGAUGACGUAGUCCGUGUGUUGUGACCCGAUAUCGUUCACUUUCAUAAAGCAUGUCUUAGAUCUGACAUUUUUUGACUGGAACUAACACUUUCAAGCACGCUGAGUUCAAAUCCGAAAAGUUCCCACUCUGUAGACCCGCAGUUUUUUCACAAAAUGCUAGUUUAUCUACAAUAAUUUCACGACAAAUUUUUCAUUGUUCAACGACACGGAUCGAUGACGAUACACAAUUUUGUCAUUCAAAAGGACCAAUUUCUAUUAACCAGUCUUCCUUUUAACAAAAGAUGGGUUUUGCUCGAAUCAUUUUGAGUUAUGCAAUCUUAUACGUGUUGGACGUAAACAACAUGUCUUGUCUACAACUUUGAGAAAGUACAGAUAACGCUUUCUAAAAUCCUCAGUUCUAGAAAUAUCUCUAUAAAAUCACAAGGACAUUAAUGCGAAGUCUUUUGGCAAUGUCACUGGCCUGAAAAAUAACUCUUUUAAGGGGCCAUUCACAAAGGAUGUCCUGCCAAAUGAUGGAUUUUCAGACCCCCCCUCCCCCCCUUGUCCAGCAUUGUCCGAAUUAGUGACCCCCCCUCCCCCCGGACAUCCACCAUGCCUCGCAAAAACUCACACAACCUUGUAUAUGUCAAGAGUAAAAAACUUUUUUUACUUUUAGAACUUUUUUAUAACUAUAAAUGACCAUAAAUGUGAAUACAAAAACAUAUAAACUACUAAUUAAAACAAAAUCUAGUUUUAACUGCACAGUCAAAAUGCCAAUUUCACAAUGAGAAGGACUGCUCAAAAUAGAGGGAAAAAGAAAUUUGUUUUUGAAUUUUUUAAAAUUUCGGACAUCCGGAUUGCUAAAAACCCCCCUCCCCCCCUAUGUCCGAGUUGGUCCUGAUUUUCCCAGCCCCCUUGGCUCGGACAUCCUUUGUGAAUGGCCCCUAACGCGAUCAAGGUAUUUAAAACAAAAGUAACGCGAAGCCAACGUAACGGUUUGCCGUUACGCUAAAAUGAAAUAUUGUCGAUUGGUUGCUGGUAGAACACUUACGACAGGAUCAAUCUUAAAUAACCUUAAACUAUAAGAAUAAAUGUUCACGUCAAAGACAAAGAUCAGUCCCAAAGUAUAAAAUAUGCUCUGUAAACUUACGACGAAGUGGAGAAAUGCGUGCAUGAGCUGUUUAUUUGCUGAUUUCAACGUAUAUGGAAGCUCUCUUUCCAAUAAUAUUCUCUUAUCGCACAGUAUAACACCAACUGAUGUAAUAGUUCAAAUGCAAUGAUAACUUAUCUCUUGAAUUACAUCUCAGAACUGUAUUGGAAAUUUAAAUGCUGAUCCAUUACAUAUAGAUUACCGUUUUACAUCGUUGUAUAAAACAUUUUGAUCGCAUAGUGUAAGCAAUUAUUUCUCAGCUCAGAGACAUAGCCCAAAGACUUAACUUUGACGUCCUUGUAAUUUUAUAGAGAUAGAUCCAGAACUAAGGAUAUUAGAGGAAUUAUCUGUACCUUCUCAAAGUUGUAGACAAGAUAUGUUGUUUACGUCCAACACGCAUAAGAUUGCAUAACUCAAAAUGAUUCGAGCAAAACCGGUCUUUUGUUAAAAGGAAGAAUGGUUAAUAGAAAUUGGUCCUUUUGAGUGACAUAAUUGUGUAUCGUCAUGGAUCCCUGUCGUUGAACAAUGAAAAAAUUUGCUAUGAAAUUAGUGAAGAUAAAAUAGCAGUUUGUGAGAAAACUGCGGGUCUACGGAGUGGGAACUUUUCGGAUUUGAACUCAGCGUGUUGGAAAGUGUUAGUUCCCGUAAAAAUAUUUCAGAUCUAAGACAUGCUUAAUGAAAAUCGUUUCCUAGGCACUUUUCGAGGUCACAACACACGGACUAACGAUAACAACUCGCUUUUACAGUCAAAUCGGAUGUUCUCUUGCGAGCAACAUUGCAAUAUUGUCCCACAAUAUUGCAAUUUUGAUAGCCAGAUUGCUCUAAGCAAUUUGCAACCGACGCGAACAAAUUGCAAGUUGAAAUUCACAAAAGAUUUGUAAACAAAGCCUCUGAUUGGACUAUAAGAAAGAGGGAAGCACCAAUCCAGUUGCUCAGACUAUUUGAUUGGCUUCCCUCUUCCUUUUAAUCCAAUCAGAGACUUUGUUUACAAAUCUUUUGUGAAUUUCCAACUUGCAAUUUGUUCGCGUCGGUUGCAAUUUGCUCAGAGCAAUCUGCCUAUCAAAAAUGCAAUAUUGUGGGACAAUAUUGCAAUGUUGCUUGCAAGAGAACAUCCGGUUUGACUGUAACAACAGUUUCCAGUGACUCGGACAUUGUAUGGAAUCUAUGUGACUGUAUCCGUACAACACCGUGUACGUAAGCCUGGCUCAUUCCUAAAGCCGAUUUUCCACUUCGCCCGUACCGUACCGAAACGUGCUGGUGAGCAUGCGCAGAUUGAAAAGAGUUUUUUUGGCGUACUACGGAAGUACUAACCAAUCAACAUUCACGAAAAUUUGAAAUUUAAAAACUUUUUUAUACGUUUUGGUACGGUACGCUUGAAGUGGAAAACCGGCUUAAUUCGGCUUAUUGCUGAUGACAGUGUAGCAGCCAAGCGGUGAGACUUACAUAUCAAUUCCGGGUUUCCCAACAACAUGAAAACGCUAAUAAGUAUAUUAAAGCAUUCAGAAACACUAGAUUGCUAUGGCUAAUGACUUUCACGUUUAAUUUUGUAACACUUUAUCAGUGUUGUAACGAAUCACCAACAGGCGAAUCACGAGUCGAGUCAUUUCACUAUCUGCUCGAGUCGAGUCAAUGGAUUCACUCGAGUCGAGUCAAUGACUAGACGAAUUGUAUGGUGAACAAUAAGGUGAACAAAAAUGGCUUAAAAAAUUUCCCUACCAGUGGAAGAGUGGUGGAAACAUGCCUAUUUGCAUCGAGAAUUAUUUUUUAUUGCAGUUCAAGCAUAGGCUGCCCAAAAGUGCGUGUUGAAAUUUUUACCCUCGCGCGUGGCGUUCGGGCAUGCAUCGAGUCUACUCAGUUUAUUAUUAUGACAUCAUAAUAAUAAACUGAGUAGACUCGAUGCACGCCCGAGCGCCACGCGCGAGGGUAAAAAUUACAACACGCACUGUUGGGCAGCCUAUGGUUCAAGCCUGUUCAGGAAUCUUCCAAACCUAAUCAACUACAAUAAUUUUGAUGAACUGAUUCUGAACAAGUUGUAGCUGAGUUGACUCGAGUCUUUUAAUUAUAAGGCAGAAAUCAACAAGUCGAGUCAUUUAGGGCUGUUGACUCGGGUCAUUUUUCGUAAUCGACUCGAGUCGCAAAAUAUUGCGACUCGAGUCAGAGUCAAUUGUCUGUAUUCUAAAAACACACUCACAUUCAAAGAGUGGAGGUUCAAUCUGAGCUUCCCUUGAGUGUCAAUGCUAUUUUUCAAUAAUAGCUGGAGGGUUAGUGUCGUAGCUUACUAUGUGAUUACUCACCCUCCAGCUAUUCAAAAACAGCACUGACACGCAAGGGAAGCUCAGAUUGAACCUUCACUCUUUGAGUGUGAGUAAGCUUUUAGAAUACAGGCCAAUGACUCGACUCGUUACAACACAUAAUUUCGUAACACUCUACCAGUUGCUUUUUAUAAUUUAUUAAGUGAAAUAAUUUUGUGAAAAUUAUUUAAAAUUUAUAUCUUAAAAUUUUGUAUCUAAUUAGGUCAUUUGAAGAAAGGCUUCAACACGCCGAGGCCAAUGCUCCAAAGUUGACUGUAGUGGUCAAUAAUCCUCACGCUGAAUUAAGGUAUGGUAUUUUGAGAAUGGACCAUUUGAUCUAGACAAAAAUUUCAUCACAGCUUGAAAGAGCGUCACAAAAUUAGUAGUAUUCCAAAGUUUCGUUGCGAAAUGUUGUAAAAUGCGGAUAAUAUAUGUAGCCUUGCGAAGUUUGCCGUUUUUCAGUCAUUUUGUAUUACGCACGGGAAAUUGACAGCCCAAUCGGGUGUUGGGGCAUCAAUUUCCCGUUUGUAAUACAAAAUGACUGAAAAUUGCAAAUUUCGCAAGGUUGUAUUAUCCGCAUUUUACAACAUUUCGCAACGAAACUUUGGAAUAUUACUAAUUUUGUGAUGCUCAGCUUUCAAGCUGUGAUGAAAUUUUUGUCAAAAUUUAGUAAUACAGUAUACGUAAUGUCGAACUGAUAUUGAUCAAAAGCAUAUUGUCUGUCAAACUAUCGGAGUAGGAGGCUGUGCCUGCCUGUUGCAUCAUGUUGCAUGUAUUAUUUCAACAAUUGUAUCCAUAUAUGUAUGACAUAUAGUCGACUUCUAACUUUUUCAUAACUGCAUGUCGCCGUAUACAGUAUAUUAAGGAUAAUAUCCAGUAAAGAUGAACUCAAAAAUCUAAAUAGAGCAAUAAAUACAAUGGCGUAUGAAAAUAUCAUGCAGUCAGAGCGUGCCUAUUGUGACUAUGGAAAUAUUUAGCAAUAUUUUAUGCAUUAAAAUUAGGUCUCAAUUAUUUUUUCAAAAUCCUUACUAUGGAAAUAUGGUAUGGAACUUAAUUGAAAAUAAUAUGGCAAUCCAGUUUUCAUACCAAUUGCACUUUCCAUGCUACUAGCUAAGGAUAUGGUAUGGAAAUAUGGUAUGGAUAUACUAUGAAUUUAGUGGUGCACAGGGCAGGAAAAAAUAAUUUUCUUUCUGGAAGCACAACCCGGAGACAAAAAUUUCUUGUAGACCAACCGGGAGUAUUUUUGUGCUAAAUCUGCUGAACAAUGGUUCUACCUGACCAUCGUUUUAAAUUCAAGGAAUAAUGUCUGUCAACCAUAUGUUGUUGCGCCCAUAGUGGAACCAUAGUCUUUCAAAACAUGGUUUGGAAACUCCGUUAACUAGUCUCUGUUCUAUCUUUUUGUUCGCGUUUAUGCAGUUUUGUGCACGGUGCACGGCCAAUGAACACAUUGUAUUUCAGUAUAAUGAACGAAUCAUCCAAUAGCAACGUUUCAGUUCAGUCAUUCAACCAUGCUAUUUAAAUAUUAAUAAACCUAAAACAAAAGAUGUGCACGGUGUAAGGUAUGGCUCAACAUAAUAUCCCAGCUCAUUAUAGCCGCUUUGAAGUUUACUGAGUUUCCAGACCAUGUCUCGAAAGACUAUGGUGGAACAUGGGUGUUAAAGUUUCCUUCAAAUUUUCAAAAACAAAUCUUCAUUCAAACGAAUUUCCUGCAGCUGUUUAACAUUUCCUGCGAGCAGUGCUCGCGUGCUCGCCUAUUUUGAUGGUGAUGCAAUCGCAAAUUCUAUAGUAUGAAUUUCACUAUUUUUUUCAAUAAGCUGCCAAAUUUGGUAGCGCUGUCCACUGGAUAGUGAUUUUCCAAGCUUUCUUAUUCGUACUGUGUAGUUUUCCAGCUUUUCAGGCAUUUUUACAAAGGUUGAAAAGAUCACUAUCCGUUGCAGGAUAGCGUUAUCCGGCCUUCGCACAAGCGGCCGGUGAGCAACUGUCAAAUUUGUGACUGCACACUCUUUCAACAUUAAUCACAAAAAUCAAAAGACACAAAUUUAGGAAAAAAGAUUAAUAUUUUCUUUAACCUGGGGAAAGAUAUGCUCCUCCGCAGACAUCUCUAGGGAAUCGGGUGGAUCGGAAAGUUUUUUGAACUACCCAUGCGCGGGCUAUAGAGCCAUGAGUCCCAUAGAGACUGCAGAGGAGACUAGCGGGAAGUAUACCUACAUCGCCUCGCUUAGUUAUUUUAUAUGUUUCUGUCGUUCUAGUCCAUUACAGAAUCCUAGUGUACUAGACCUGAUACAGACGCAGUUAAACAAUAUAUGUGCUUUGAUCGAGAACCAUUCCCUACCCGAACUGGACAUGUCAAGAUUACAAAGAAUACGUCGUAGUUCCAUUGAUAAUGGUAGUUAUCAAAGUAUUGAAGAAGGUCGAAUAAAUCAAUCGAGAUUAUCUGUGAGUAAAAGUCGACUCAUUAUUUUGUUAGCUAUUUAUUUUCUUCCAAAUUUCAACUUUGAUUCCUCGAAUGAAUUGUACAUUGGAUAAAGUAUGAAGGUUUAACCAAUAGAUUUAUUCCGUACAAGACGUGCGCAAUUAAAGUAGAACUUAUGCGCGCACACGCAGAGGAAGGGAGUGUAUUACGCCAUUCCUGAUUAACAUAAUCAGCGCAGCCAGAAGUUGUUAAAACAAAUUAGAACAACUUGAUGCAACAAAGGUAUAGAUUUUUAUACGUCCUUAAAAGAGCAAUGGUAAAAAGCGUACAAAUAGAUUUCCCAACCCCAGUGUGUUCUCUAAAAUCGUUUUUACUAAUUCGCCCAAAACAAUUAUUAGUAAAAGAAAUAACUAUAUAUAUUUACAAGAAGUGGGCUAGGAGCCUACUAGAAACUACAUAGCUUUUACAGUAUUUAAGGGCCCUAUAUUAUAGAUGUAAGCUAAUUAAUAUUGUGAUGUCAGUUCGAGAGUUUUAAAGAAAAAAAGUCCUAAAAUUAGAAGGAAGGAAUAAUAGUGUUUAAAAUUGUAUAUACUGUAUAAGACAUGGUAUGAUGACAUCACAUAAUCACAACUACCAGAAUUAAAUCACUUAUUCAGUAAUGACUUUGUAAACAAAUACAGAGUAUUCAACAUCGCACAAUUUUGGAAUAAACAGUAAUUACAUGAUUGGUCAUGUGACUGCAAGAAUUUUUUAUUUAUGCCCAAAAUUUCUUUAGAAGCAAAUAUUUACAUUGCAACUAUAAAGAAUGUUUAUUGUGCAUGCUAAAAUUAUUCAUGAAUGAAUAGCAUUUUGGGGGAGAAAACUAAGUUUAGUUUUUCACAAUAUUUGUCCUCCAAACUGAAAGUCAAAACCCAAGUCUCUAGUUUGCUGGUGCCAAACACUAUAUGUUUCUUGUACUGUAUAUUUCUUGUUGUUUUAGUGCUGUUAUAAGUAUAUUCGCUUCCUUCUAAAAGAGAUUUUUGGCAUAAAUAAAACCUUUUGAAAAUCAAAAUUUGCAUACCAAAACCUGAAGCACCAUAUUGUAUCGGUUUUUCAAUCAAGGUUAUUUUACUGAAUACGUUCUUUAUAUAAUUAUAUAUUUGUGUCUAUAUUAAUUGUGCAAUUAUAAUUGUAUAUGUUUAUCUCAAAGUUUAAAGAUGCAGUAAAGUCCGUUCUACGCAGGCCUACAUUCCAAUGACCAGUCGGGACCCGACCAUUCAAAUGUUAUUAAUAUUUCGCACCUUCCGAACUUUCUUGAAUUGAAUCUCUAGUCUGUAUUAAUUUACAAGCAUAAGCGAACCAGAAGAAUGUUAAAAAUUCAGUGUAGCACAACUAUAGCACUGAGUUCAAAAUGUAAACAAAGCGUUUGUCCAUGUAAAGUCCGUAAUGUAAACAAACGCUUUGUUUACAUUUUGAACUCAGUGCUACAGUUGUAAAAUAUAAAAUAUGACUAGAUAUAUACAUUAUAUUGAAUUUUUAGCACUCUUUUGGUUCGCUGUGCUUGUAAAUGAAUACAUGAAUACAGGACUAGAGAUUCAAUUCAAGAGAGUUCGGAAGGUGCGAAAUAUUAAUAACAUUCCAAUGGUCGGGUCCCACGACCAUUGGAAUGUAGGCCUGCGCAGAACGUAUGCGCAGAACGCACUUUACAGGGUCUUUAAAGAAAUAUUAUAGGAUCAUCCAACACCGCGGAAAAACGACUACGCAUGCGUCAACCUUACCUGUAAUAGUAUUGCGAACUUGAUGAGAAGCUGUUCCGAACGUUUCCGAAGGCUCAAAAUGGCGGUAAAAUGGAGUGACUUCCUUGUGCGUCUUUACAGCCAGAUUUCGAGCGCAAAAAUAAACAUGGAAACUAGGAAUAAAUACAGCCAGAUGGUUCAAGAAAUUGUAUUGUACAAGAACAUGAACUAAAGACAAAUUUAUUGUCUGAAACAUUUUGUUUAUCAACUAAGCAACGACAAUUUCCGAAUUUUCGUUUGAGAUACAUUUCUUUAAAAAAAACUGUGUCGCCAAAAAUAAAAAAAAUUCGUGUUCACAAGAAUUAAACUUUAGGAUUUAUUCUACAAUUUGAGUGGGUUAAGAAGCUUAACUUUCCGAGAGUUUUCUUAACUUUUUAGUUUGAAUUUUUGUUUUGAAUAAUUCUGCAAACAUUUUCGAAGUCGUGUCCGUUAAAAUCAACAAUUUUUGACAUGAAUUAUAUUUCAUUCCAUACUUUAAAUGCCAGGACGCUUUCAAUUAAUGUCUAGUCUACCCAUUUGCUAUAUUUUCUCGUUUGUUUUACUAAUUUUUGACCAAUUAAUAAGCAUGUUUUUGUUUUAGAAAUUGAUAUUCAAAUUCCCCGCCAUAUUUUCAUAAUUUGGUGCAUGUGCAGACGUUUUUCCGCGGUGUUGAUCAUCCCUGGUUUUGAUUGGUUGUUCUGAAAGGACAGGUAAUGACUAUAAAAUUAUUCAUCUUACCUCAUUUUCGUAGGAUGAAAUAUAUAACAACCAUUCAACUGCAAGUGACCGCGAAAACCAUUCAUUGCUCUUCACAAUCCAAAAUGAAAAUAGACUCGAUAUACCUGUAACAAAAGUAAGUGGUCAUAUACAGGGUGUAUAA